AAGGAAUGUUGUCUUGGGUUUUGUAUUCCCGAAGCGCGGCGGGUCUGUUCUGUCCGGUUGCUGCCUACGCUGGUAGCGUAGUGGCCGCAUUUGGCGUAGCUGUGGCAGAGGCUGCUGUGGACGGCAGCGGCGGGAGGGCUGACACAAACCUGUGGGAGCCGUAGCACAAAUCACAGACACCUGUGUGAGGCCCGGGGAGGAGAGGAGACUCGGGCUUUCCAGGUCCAAUGUGCUGCCCACAGACUUAAGAUUUCUGCAGAGACCUGGCACGGGAUGACUUCCUAUCGGACAUGCUUUCUGGACAGGCUCUGAUGCACACAAACCACCACAGCCUUUAAUCCAGAUUGCUGUGGCUAGAAAAGCUCCUGCUGGUCUGGAGCUUAGCUAUUUCUCCCUCCCUCUUUUCUUGGAGAUGUUCCAGAGGCUUGAUCUGUGCUCUUCCUCCUCACCUGAAGCCUGUCGUGGCAAUGAUCCCACAGCCAGAUCCGACCACCAGCGAGAGAAGAGCAUCCUACUUUGAAGCCGAGCAAUCAUUAAACUGAAAUUAACCCCCUGCUUCUACUCCUGAAACAGUGGCAAUUUUUUUCUGCAUCUGUGUGUGACUUGAGCGGCUCCUGACGGUUGUUGUAAGUCCCUGGGCUUCUCCUGCUGAGCCUGCCCAUGGCUUUCCUGAUAAAGAAAAAGAAAUUUAAAUUUCAGACCAGUUUCACCCUGGAGGAGCUGACUGCCGUCCCCUUUGUAAAUGGGGUUCUCUUCUGCAAAAUCAGGCUGCUGGAUGGAGGGGACUUUGUUAGCUUGUCUUCUAGAGAGGAGGUCCAGGAGAACUGUGUUCGUUGGAAGAAGAAAUUCACCUUUGUAUGUAAAAUGAGUGCCAAUCCUGCCACUGGCCUCCUGGAUCCGUGUAUCUGCAGAGUGUCUGUCCGUAAGGAACUGAAGGGAGGAAAGACCUACUCCAAGUUGGGCUUUGCUGAUCUGAACCUGGCAGAAUUCGCUGGCUCUGGAUUCACAGUCCGAUGCUGCCUACUGGAAGGCUAUGACACCAAGAACACCCGACAGGACAACUCUAUCCUAAAGGUCACAAUUGGGAUGUCUCUGCUCUCUGGGGACCCCUGCUUCAAAACACCUCCUUCCACAGCCAAAUCGAUCACCAUCCCAGGACAGGACUCCACCCUGCAGUUGACCUGCAAGGGCGAGGGAACCACCAGCAGCAGCACAAGUGGUUCAGCCUCCAUUGGCUCUGUCCGACAGACCAAGUCAAGACCCACCAUUCUCAGCUCAGGUGUACCAGAGGAGCCAGACCAGAAUCUGUCCAGUCCAGAGGAAGUAUUUCACUCGGGGCACUCGCGGAACUCCAGUUACGCUAGUCAGCAGUCCAAGAUCUCUGGUUACAGCACAGAGCACUCGCGUUCCUCCAGCAUGUCGGACCUGACCCAUCGCCGGAACACCUCCACCAGCAGCAGUGCAUCUGGGGGACUCAGCAUGACAGUUGAGUGUCCAGAAGGAGAGAAGGACCACAAAAUGGACAAACCACCUCGGCCCCCAAGACCAGCCCUCCUAAUGGAUAGAUCGUCCCGGAGAAAAAAGGAUUCGAUGGAGAGUCACCCAACCUGGGUGGAUGACACCAGGAUUGAUGCUGAUGAUAUAGUGGAGAAAAUCAUGCAGAGUCAGGACUUCACAGAUGUCAGCAAUACUGAAGACAGUAACCUGCGGCUGUUUGUGAGCAGAGAUGGCACAACUACUCUUAGUGGUAUUCAGCUGGGAAACAGGGUCUCAUCUGGAGUUUACGAGCCAGUGGUGAUUGAAACCCAUUAAAUGUGAAGAACAGGGUAGACCUGCUGGAAACAGACCUCCUGCCCCGUCCGCUGCCAUGUGGAUGCCAAUCUGUACCUCUCUACAUGCAACAUUCCAGAAGGGAUUUCUGCAGACCUCUCCCCUUACAUUUGCACUGCAGAACUACUCCAAGACCAUACCACUCUAGACCAUGCACUUUCCCUGACCCUGGCAUUAUAUCCCCCUCCUCCCCAUGCUUCCACUCACCACAUUGUUCCAUACCAGAUCCAAGGUGUCUCUCUUCAGGGAGCACACUCUUAUCUGGAGGGUGUUUCCCCUCCCCACAUCCCCUUUCCCCAGUCCCUCAUUCCAUAGAUUAAUGCCCAACAAGGGAUUUUGCACCUCCUGUCUCAGCAAACCAUUGGGUUGUACCACUGUGAACUUUUUUUUUUCAAACCACUGAAAGGGGAAAACUAAUACGAAUGUAACCAGAAAUCUGGCGUGGUGAAAUGGUGAGCUGGCCACUCACAGAAUGCUUUAUUCCUCUGACCGCAUCGUGGAUUGCAAGGAAACUUUUUACCUCCCAAAACAACACUUGACUGAGCAAAGCACCCAACGAAACCAAACCCCACUGUCCCCUAUGUAUCAAACAUUUCCCAGAAGUGCAUUUCAGAAAGCAACUGGAAUCUAGAUGGAACUUGGCAACAAAGGUUAAAGGCUGGCUCUGGCUGACAUGAACUGCAGUAUCCCUUCCACUGCUGGGCAUGGAUGGGCAACUUCCAGUUGCUGGCAUUAGUAGGAGCACUUUAAAGAUUCCAGAUGUGUCUGGAGGAGGCUCGCACUUGCUGUUCCUGAAACAAUAUGUUCUGUGGACUCGCUUGGCAAAAUAGUCAUGGUUGCAGUUUGGAGGGGGAGGGGCUGGCAGCCUGACUCGGGGAGGGAGCCCUUACAGUGCUUACCUGCCCACGGUGGACCAAAAGAGGAAUCUUAUCCCAAUACCCCUCCUCUGGGCCAGGAUAGGGUGUGACUAGGUGUGGUGGUUUGGGGUUGUUUUUUUUAGCUGUGACAGGAGUAGUUAAAUGGUUCAAUAUUUCUGGGCCAAAAAGGGGACUCACUGAUCCUAGGCGACUCUUCGUGCUUUGUGAGAAGGGACCCAUGGCUGAGUCUGUCUCCUCUUGGGCAGAGGAGAAGCUUUGUUCAAUGCAAAAAGAUGUUGGCAUCUCUGCUUCUUGGGCAGACUGGCUGUCUCCUGCCUUGGCCACAGCCUUUGUUCUCACCUGGUUCUAGGUGCGUGAACUCUUCUAACAAAUGAGACUUAACUGUUUUUUGAUUAUCUUUCUCAAUGGAUCUCUUUUCUAGUUUGAUUUCUGCAGUUGUUGGAUGCUUUUAGCUGUCUCUCUUCCUCAUGGGCUGUGGCAGAAAAGAUGUAGGUCUUUUUUCCAACUUCUAUUUGUAGAAUUCUCCCAGCAGCUGAACUACAGGUGAAGAUCUAUGCAGACUCUAGCCCUGAGUUGGCAGCAGGCUGCAUGCGCAGCCCUCUGUACAGAUACUUCCAGCCUAUAAGCUAUUUCUGAGUAGUGUCCUUUCCUUUUUAUUUUUGCUGUUGUACUGUAGUAGCACUUGGCAGCCAUGCACUUUGACUAAUGGCACACUCCAGAUCACUGGCUAUGAAGUGGCCUCUGACGUACGUGCGUAAAUACCCGCUCAGACACGUGCACACACUCCGUCCCGUUUAGCGAGAAGAGAAGGUUUUGUGACUGAUCAAUUUAAUUUUGUCUUUUGAAUCCUUACUGUUGCCAAGCCUCCCUUGGGGCUCCUUGUCGUGUGUCUGUGAACGGAGCGCGCUGAGCUCCUGGGAAAGGGAACAGGGUAAACUGGCAGCAAUGGUCUCACUUGCACAUGGUGGUCAUCAGGGGGGGAUUCUGUAGGCAGAAUAACAAGGCUGGAUCUUGUUUCAUGCUGUGAACCCUUCUUGAACCCAGUAGGCUGCUUGCUUGACUUGUGCAAACCAUUUGUUGUGUGUGUGGUGGGGGGGAAGGUUCAGUUUGCCCCACUUGCCUUUUGUGUUCCCCCCAUGCCCCCAAAAGGGAAUUUGUAUUGAUUUGGGGCAGGCAAAGCCUUAUAGCUUAAUGUGGGAAAGAGUGCUGAAUUGCACCACAGCCUCUGAGACCUGUCCCCAUCAAAGACUCUUGACACUUGCAAGCAUCUUACAGUCUCUGCUCUAUUUGGCUUGGCUGUGUUUGGUAGUUAGUUUUAAGGAUGGGGUUUUGCCUGCUGGGCUUAAGGAAGGACCUUGCAUUCCUUGGGGUCUCAAGCUUUAGAAGGGGGACCUGCUUGCUUCCCUCUCCCUGGUCCUUCAGAGGCUGAGCCUUGAUGCUCCUAUUGGUGCAAGAGCACAGGGAGUUGGAAUCAAUGCGGGUCCUUGCCUGAGAACCAGACUGGUCAGAGAGAGGGCUUGAAUUUGCUGUGCAGAGCUCCAGCUGGGCUCAGUGCUGCACUUUUGGAAACCAGCCACCAAAUGUUGGCAGCCUGGCAGCAGCACUGUCAAGAUCCACCAGGAAGGAGCCCAGGUCAGCCUAGCACCUUCCCCUUAGUAGCCAUCCAGCCAUCUUUUUGUUUUUCUCAACACUGGGGGUCCAGGACCCAUUUGUUCUGGGCUCUGCUUGGCAAGGGACAUGUUACUUGGUAGAGGCACUUGCCAGAUGUGUGUCUGGGAGAAAUCCCCUUCCAGGGAGAGAAGCAGGGGGGACUUGCAAUUCAGAAGCCUCUCUCACCAGGGGAGCAGGCAGCCAUAAUCUCCUUGUGUUGGGUGGCUGCAGUCAUUCGGUAGCUUGCUGUCAUUGCCAGCAGUCCAGCUUUUUGCUGCUUGCAUUGGUGGCUGUCUUUUGUGCCUCUUGGGGUUUGUUUCUCCUGACGGCUGUUGAUGAUUCUGUAGAACCCUGUGAACUCAGACAUCUGUAUCGAGUAAGAAAGCGGCCCUAGUUGUCUGAAACCUGAAUGAUGCAGCAGGGUUCCCAUUACCUGGAACAGGACCCAGGCAAAGAGGGAAGAGGUCUCCUAUUUCCAGAGACCACCCUGAAAUCCAGCUGUGUUGCCUUCCCCUUCCUGAUAGCCACCACCCUCACUUGCAUGGGUGUAAUGGCAUGGAGAGGGCUGAGGUGGAGCUGGCACUGUUUCACCGGCAGGUCUGCUGCUGCUGCUUCAAAGCUUUGUAUCUUGCAAGCACUUUCUUCCCAUGGCAUUGCUUGCCUUUGGUUGUUAGCUGUCCCCUGAAGGUUUCAGGGGCCGGUGGAUCAGUCAGACUCAGACCACUGGUUUAGUUUAGUUUCCUUUUGGGCUUUUGUUUCAUUUUUGUCCUGAAGUUUUUUACUUUUUUUUAAUACCCCAGCAGGCUGGGGUGUUAUGACUACAUUGUCAUUGUCGAUUCAUUGGUAUUAUAUUCCUGGGGGCUCACACAGGUAACUUUUUUCCUCCCCAAAUUGCCCUGUCUUGGGGGAUCCAAAAGUAAGCGAGAUGAGUAAAAGGCCCUUUGUUAGCAAGACUGUGUCCACCCCAGCCUCUUGCAUAGGGGAGCAGGGCUGUUAAUCUGGGCUGGCCCCAGGGUAGCAGAGCUGGUCUCCUGAUGCAGUCCAGGGAAAGAGCAGAAUGGCAGGGCCCUGCUCCCCCAUUACUGUAUAGUGACCUUUCUAGACCUCUUUCCACACUGAAGCUUGGUGCAGACUCAGGUCUUGAGCAUAUGGACUUGUUUAGCUGUUUCCUGACACAUUAAAGCGACCAUAUAAAGUGAAGACCUGAAUAAGGAUGGGCUGAAUAUGCAUAAAUGAGUACCAGAGGGGGGCUGGGCCCAGGGGUUGCUGGGAAUGAGGAUGGGAGAAGGAAGGCAGCACUGCCUCUUCCUUUCACCCUACGAUUGGCACUUUUUAGUAGGACACUUCACGCUGUCCUGAGUGCGAGCCGUGGGCAGCAGGGUUGAAUCCUUUCCCUGCACCCCCUCGCCUUGCGCUCUGGAGGGGAAGCUGAGCCCUUUUUUUAAGAGUGGGUUUUUUUGUUUUGUUUUUUCUGUCAGGUUUUAGAGGGCUCUGAAUGGGGCCAAGACCAGAAGCAGCAGCUUGUUGCAUUGAAAUUGUGCAGGAGGGAGGUGAUUUCUUUUAGUUGUUUUUCUCAUGUUUUAAAUUGGCAGCUGUGCAGCUGGACUCUGCACGCGUGAAGCUCUGGGAUCCGCACUCCAGGUACGCUUGAGACGAGAGUGCCCAGGUGAAUCGGACCCCCUCCUGGAGAGGGGGCUGAGCAGACCUUCCCCACCCCACCCCACCCCACCCCAUCACUGCCUUACCUCAGGAGCUGGUCCUCCCUUCUCUGCUCCUUCCCCCUACCCAAACCCUUGCUGAGGGAGUUGCUCUGGAGACUCAGUCCUGUAGACAGGGUUGGUCUCUCAGGGCUUGUUUCUGCAAACAUCAUGCCUGGUAGCUGGUGUUUGUACCUCAAAGCCACUUCCUCCACCCAAAGGGCUGACCUGCAGGAUCCCCCUCCCUUCCCCAGGACCUGCAUCUUCUCAUCAGCCCUUUUCUAUCCAGGAAGGAGCAAGCAUCAAAAACCUGGGAAAUCCUUGGAAUUCAGGAGAAACUUUGAGUUAGAGGUUGUGGCUGAUCGCCUUAUUGGCCUCAAACAGAUGAUGUUGGUUUAAAGCCCAUAUUUUUUUGUAGGGGGUUAAAGGGGAGAUCGUGUUUUAUUUUCUUGAAAGUGAAUUGAGCUUGGUGAUCUUCAGAUGAGAAGCGCACUUGAUUUAUACUCAGAAUCUAUAGAGAGAGAUUGCAGAUAUUUUUGGAAAGGGAAUGGGUCUAUGCAAACUUCCAAAAUCGCUUGAAAGAUAGUUUAACUUUUUUCUUUUUUACUUUGAAAUCUAAAGAGAAUUCUAACUCUUUUUCUUUUAAAGCAGAAGUGCGUUUAGAGAGAAGUUACUUCCACUGCUCUAUUUUGGUGAUGAUUCUUGGAGAGUUUGGGGGCUGGAGAGAGUGACUAUAUUUUCACCAUUUUUAUCUUGCUCCUCUAGUUCGUUGGUUUUUGUUUUUUUUUCCUUUCCGUUUCUUUUUCUAACGGAAUGCUGUGCCGUCUUUGAUUCAACAGAUCGUGUUUGUAUUUUCUGUAUCUGGUUCCUAAUGUAGAGAAAUAACAAAUAUAUGAGGAAAUCAAUAUAAUGUCAAAUGUCGUCACGGUUUUGGGGAAAAUAAAGGUUUUUGGUUUCUUUUUUGGUACUUCA